AUGAACGACCAUCGGGAACGCCGUCGACGCUUCGGCGCACGGCGGCAUUCGUCCACAGCGUCCGACGAUCACUCCAGUGGCUGCCGAGAUCUUCGGUAUCCACCGUCACUCGAGUUCUCAACUGUCGCGUCCGAGCACACGAUUGGCCGACGGUCUGCCGCAAGCGGUGCGUACACUCGUUGUUGGGACGACCAGUACAGCCACCACUUUGACUUUAGCCAAGAUGGACACCAACGAGGGACGCAUUGUACACAACCCAAGUACCACUCCAAUCGCCCCAAAGCCAGUGGACGGAGCAUUAGUGCUCCAGGGUCCUCAAUCGUGACGAUGCCGUCCUCGUCGGCUCUAGCUGGUGUGGCAGACCACGUACUUGUGAAAAAUUUCAUCCCACCCAAGGCCCAUAGUGAGUUCCUGACCAAUUUGACCAAGAAAAACACAAUGGCGAAUCGAGGACCUCGGCCGAGUUCCAAGUUACCCGCGUACCCGUCGUUGGAAGCUGCUAGUGCACCCAUUUUGAUGAAGAAGGACGUGUCUAGGGUAGCUACAGGACCUGGUAAAUGGGUAACUACGCGAGCAAAAGAGCUCGUGAUGAAGUCGCGAGUGGCAAAGACCUCGACGGAAAAGAAAGUGAAAAGUGGGCACGAUGCACGCAACGACUUGUCGCCAGUAAUUAGUCCCUAUGCAUUGCGGGAUAGGACUAAGCUGAGUGCAUUUAAUUGCUCGCCCACGUCGAUGCUGUCGGCCUCGCUGUCGGGUCAGAGCUUGGCGACGCUGAAGAAACGAAAGUUGAAUAGCGAAGGAUCAGCAGCAAAGCCGAUUGCACUGGACUCGGACACUGAGUCGGAAGCAGCAGUGCAACUUGACUUCGGCAGCGACAGUAAAGAAACUGUCGAUGACGUGAUCGAUGACGAUGCGAAGGAUGGCGCAGUGGACGACUCGGCAGAGCUUGAUGUCGAUCCGGAGAAUAUCGUGUCACACGCUGUGGCACAAAUCAUUAAUUGUGACGCAACGAUCGGACUGUUCCAGGUUAUGGUCGAUUUGUUCUUCCAGAGUGAUCGGAUGUGCAUGCAGAAUAUUCGAGGGAAGUACGAAGAGUGGCCUUUUGAGCAACACUAUGUACUGAAACUCAAACACUUGCACGAUGUCAGAUCACAUAUUGGGGCGACAGAAACCGUGGCUACUGCACAGGUUGAAGUGGAUGAGGCGGACCGCAGAAGACAUUUGCUGGAAAACGCAUCGUAUAUUGCUUUGAGAAUGCCGCUGCUCGAUCAAGCUGCGUCAGAAGGUUUUUACGAUCCCACGGGUUCUGAUCUUUGCAAAGGAUACGUGGUUUUCUAUCCGAUGGAGAAUGCUUCAGGGAGCAAUCUUAGCGACAUCAUUGAUAUUCUACGAGGUCACACCGACAUCCUGAUGAUAGACGACAAGGAACAAGCAAAGGAAUACAUCCAAGCUUUGGCACAGCACCGACCUAGUUACAAGUCGGGUCAGCUUUGUCGACGACAAAGUAGCACUGGUGAACCGGACGGCAUAUCGGAGUCGGAAGAAGAAUGCAUUGGUGAUAGCAUAACUGUCCUAACGUAUCCGCUACCACCCUGCACGACUGAUGUCGUCACAAUCGUUCGCCGCGAUGUAUCGCGGCUUACCCCGAGACGAUACCUGAACGAUAACAUUAUCGAUUAUUACUUCAAACGCAUGAUGCUCGAGACGUUUCGAGACCACGCACUUGUUCAGAAAAAGGUGCUGUUUUUGAGCUCCCAUUUCUACUCCAGAUUACGAGCUGGAAAGGGCGCUACGGCAGAAGCACGGAUGAAAGCUGGGUACAAGAACGUGUCAACGUGGCUGUCACGCUCGAGCUUAUUCACUCGAUCUAUUAUAUUUAUCCCGAUUAACAAAGACGUGCACUGGAGUCUUGCCGUCAUUUUGAAUCCUGGUAUCGCGGGCUUAGAGUCAAGUGAUGAGGACGCCUUUUCGUGUAUUGCGGUGCUGGAUCCUCUUGGAUCAUAUCAUCGUAAAGCAUCUAUCAUUCGAAAUCUAAGAGCCUUUUUGCAGAUGCAGUGGGCGAGCUCAGAAGAGCACGUGAGCGAAACUGAAGCAGAGUCAGUAUUGGAGUAUGGGAGUGAUCGCGUGCUGACUUUGAAUGUGGAGACGCCACUUCAACAGAACAGCUACGACUGUGGUGUUUACGUGCUGAAGUUUGCCGAAGUGAUGCUGAAGAACUGUUUGGAUCUUGGGUUACUGGCUCAAAAUGACGGAGUGAUCAGCAAGGACGUGAUUGAUAAUCACCUUGAAGCAUUGAUCACAUCUAGUUCAUUCACUGCUGAGGAUAUUACUGCUACACGGAAGCAGAUUCAGCAGUACAUUGAAGUUGAUGCUCGUGAGUAUCUCUUGCGUAAGGACAAGGCGGCUUCGGAAUAA